AUGGUCCUCUGGAGGUACUGUGGGACCGGCGGACCCACCCCCCCUCGCUGGACCCACCCCCCCUCGCUGGACUCACCCCCCCUCGCUGGACUCACCCCCCCCUCGCUGGACCCACCCCCCCUCGCUGGACUCACCCCCCCUCGCUGGACCCACCCCCCCUCGCUGGACUCACCCCCCCUCGCUGGUCUCACCCCCCCUCGCUGGACUCACCCCCCCCUCGCUGGACCCCCCCCCCUCGCUGGACUCACACCCCUCGCUGGACUCAUCCCCCCCUCGCUGGACUCACCCCCCCUCGCUGGACUCACUCCCCCUCGCUGGUCUCGUAGGUGCUGGACUCACCCCCCCUCGCUGGACUCACCCCCCCUCGCUGGACUCACCCCCCCUCGCUGGACUCACCCCCCCUCGCUGGACUCACCCCCCCUCGCUGGUCUCGUAGGUGCUGGACUCACCCCCCCUCGCUGGUCUCGUAGGUGCUGGACUCACCCCCCCUCGCUGGACUCACCCCCCCUCGCUGGUCUCGUAGGUGCUGGACUCACCCCCCCUCGCUGGUCUCACCCCCCCUCGCUGGACUCACCCCCCCUCGCUGGUCUCGUAGGUGCUGGACUCACCCCCCCUCGCUGGUCUCAUAGGUGCUGGACUCACCCCCCCUCGCUGGACUCACCCCCCCUCGCUGGUCUCGUAGGUGCUGGACUCACCCCCCCUCGCUGGUCUCACCCCCCCUCGCUGGACUCACCCCCCCUCGCUGGUCUCGUAGGUGCUGGACUCAUCCCCCCUCGCUGGUCUCACCCCCCCUCGCUGGACUCACCCCCCCCUCGCUGGUCUCAUAGGUGCUGGACUCGCCCCCCCUCGCUGGGUCUCACCCCCCCUCGCUGGACUCACCCCCCCCUCGCUGGUCUCGUAGGUGCUGGUCUCACCCCCCCCUCGCUGGUCUCACCCCCCCUCGCUGGUUCACCCUGGUCUCGCCCCCCCUCGCUGGUCUCGCCCCCCCUCGCUGGACUCACCCCCCCUCGCUGGUCUCACCCCCCCUCGCUGGUCUCACCCCCCCCUCGCUGGUCUCGUAGGUGCUGGACUCGCCCCCCCUCGCUGGUCUCACCCCCCCUCGCUGGACUCACCCCCCCUCGCUGGUCUCGUAGGGUGCUGGUCACGCCCCCCCUCGCUGGUCUCACCCCCCCUCGCUGGUCUCACCCCCCCUCGCUGGUCUCACCCCCCCUCGCUGGUCUCACCCCCCCUCGCUGGACUCGUAGGUGCUGGUCACGCCCCCCCUCGCUGGACUCACCCCCCCUCGCUGGUCUCGUAGGUGCUGGUCACGCCCCCCCUCGCUGGACUCACCCCCCCUCGCUGGUCUCGUAG